CACCACCGCCACAACCUCCACCAACAGCACCACCAGCACCAGCACCAGCACCAACACCACCACCAAUCACCAACCAACAACAACGGCAACGCCGCUAACGAUAACAACAACACCGUCGCGCUUUACGACGGUUCCUCUUCCGCCCUUAAGCCCUGCGGAUUCCCCACCACCGACUCCGCCUCCGCCGCCAAGAAGAAGAGGGGCCGACCCCGGAAGUACUCCCCAGACGGCAACAUUGCCUUGGGACUCUCUACCACCCACGCCUCUCCCUCUCCCGCAGCACCACCACGCGCCGAUUCCUCUGCCGGAGGUUCUGGUGGCGGUGGCGCAACCCCCUCAUCGGAGCCUCUGGCCAAGAAGCACAGAGGGAGGCCUCCUGGCUCCGGCAAGAAGCAGAUGGAUGCGCUUGGAGCUGGUGGGAUAGGUUUUACUCCGCACGUGAUCUUGGUGGAGUCUGGUGAGGUAUGCAGUAGGAUCACUGAGACAUAGAUGAAGCUAAUGAUUAUGAGUUCUAUAUAGUCUACAAAUCACUGAUAUUAAAUAAUUAUCUAUCUUCUUAGUUGCAUUCUUUUGGGUUUUGAUUUUGAGCAAGUAACUAUUUGGUUCAAUGGAUGCUUGAAAUAGAAGCAGAGUUAAUACUUCCAAUGAGUUUAGAUUGUUUUGUGUACUGUAGUAUCUCAAUAUAUUUGGGAAAUGGAAGUGGCAUGAAGGAUUCAUGUAUUCAUUGAGUGUUGAUGUUGGUACCGUGUUAUUGGAUUGCCUCUUUCCAUUUUAGUGAUGAUCGAUAUAAUGCUUGGCUUUCAGGAUUUUGAAGGUUGGUUAUGUUAUAAAUUGCAUUGAUAGUGUAGAUCACCUGUAUCUGUAUUGCAAUCUUAUAUUGUGAAUUACUUUCUUUUUAGGUGGGUUUGUAAAUCAUCUUCUUCUUAAGUAUCCAUUGUCUUAUAUCCUUCU